AUGACCUCCAAGGAGAAGCUCCACAUUGCCCGCCAGCUCACCAAGCUCGGCAUCGACAUCAUCGAGGUCGGGUUCCCUGCUACCUCCCCGGACGACUUCGUAGCCAUCAAGGCCAUCGCCCUCGAGGUUAGCAAUGCCGUCGACCCCCACGGCUAUGUCCCUGUCAUCUGCGGCCUCUCCCGGUGCAAUGAGAAGGACAUCUGGGUCGCCUGGGAUGCCGUCCGCAUCGCUAGGCGGCCCAGGAUCCACUCAUUCAUCGCCACUAGCGGGAUCCACAUGCAGUACAAGUUGAAGAAGAGCAAGGAGGAGGUGAUCAACAUUGCUAGGAGGAUGGUGGCCUUCGCUUGGAGAUUGGGCUGCGACGAUGUCGAGUUUAGCCCCGAGGAUGCUGGCAGGUUGUUCCCAAAGUUCUGUCUUUGCAUGGCCUUUAUGAUCUGA